UGUCAUGACUACAACGAUGGUAGUGCUUUGCAUUUCGUUCAUCUUUAUACAAGUUCUAAUCGGACACGCUGAGAAGAGGAUUUUGUUGAAUGACCCGGACGUCAUCCUGUCUCAGAUGCAUGACCUGGAGAGAAAGUAUCAGGACAUAUUAGUAAAGUACUCUGAUUUAUCUAUUAAGUAUUCUGAUGUAUCGACGAAGUAUUCAGAUCUUGCAACCAAAACAGCUGAUUUAACAACAAAAUAUAAUUCCAUACCAUUAAAAACUUCCGCUAGUGGAGUGUUUGUACGAUGGGGGCGAAAGGAUUGUCCUUCUGAUAACAACACUGAACUUGUUUACUCAGGAUUUGGUGGAGGAUCUCAUCAAAGCCACACUGGUGCUGCAGCUGAGUUUGUUUGUUUACCACCCGACCCAAACCUGACCACAAAAUUCACCUCCUCUUUUUCUUAUAUGUAUGGAGCAGAAUACGACUCCACUGACUUUGGUCUGCAUGAUGGAGAUGACUUGCCUUGUGUAGUUUGCAGAAGGAAGACGCAAUCCAGCGUCUUGAUGAUUCCAGGAAAAAAUAGCUGCUACUCGGGAUGGACGGAGCAGUAUCAUGGAUACUUAGCAACCGGAUACUAUGCAAGCAAAGCAGCUUCGCAGUACAUCUGUGUUGAUGAACAUCCCGAGGCCCUAAGAGCAGGAGAACGUAACGAUGACGGAAAAUGGGUCCACUCCGUCAAAGCGGUGUGUGGCUCGCUGCCAUGUCCUCCUUAUCAUAAUAAUAUGUAUCUAACGUGUGUUGUGUGCACAAAAUGAACAUCUU